UCAAGUCUCCCUUUUUCUACAGAGUGUAUCAGCCAUGAGCAUGCUCAGGCUCCAGAAGAGGCUGGCCUCCAGCGUCCUGCGCUGCGGGAAGAAGAAAGUCUGGCUGGACCCCAACGAGACAAACGAGAUCGCCAACGCCAACUCCCGCCAGCAGAUUCGAAAACUGGUCAAAGAUGGUCUUAUCAUUCGCAAACCUGUCACGGUCCACUCCAGGGCCCGGUGCCGCAAGAACACACUUGCACGCCGCAAGGGAAGGCACAUGGGAACCGGUAAGAGAAAGGGUACAGCCAAUGCCCGUAUGCCAGAGAAGCUGUGCUGGAUGCGUCGCAUGAGGAUCCUGCGUCGUCUGCUGCGUCGCUACAGGGAGGCCAAAAAAAUCGACAGGCACAUGUACCACAGCCUCUACCUGAAGGCCAAGGGUAACGUCUUUAAGAAUAAGCGCAUCCUGAUGGAGCACAUCCACAAGCUGAAGGCAGACAAGGCCCGCAAGAAGCUACUGGCCGAUCAGGCCGAGGCUCGUCGUACCAAGACAAAGGAGGCCCGCAAGCGCAGAGAGGAGCGCCUCCAGGCCAAGAAGGAGGAGAUCAUUAAGAACCUGUCCAAGGAAGAGGAGACCAAGAAGUAAUCUGGUUCUUUUUAUACCACCUGACUGCCACCUGUCGAGUGCUGAUAAUAAAAAGUGUACAUAAAGACAA